AUGCCUUUCACUCUCUCCCAUCCCUUCAAAGCCAAGGCGGAUGCCGAGGGAAAGACAACAUCCUCUCCGCCUCAGACCCAAGAGGUGGCCAUCGAGGACGACGCCGAUGACGAGAGUCUGCUUGCAUCCCUGACGACGGAGAAGGGCAAGCGCAUCCCCUGCGAGCCAGAGGGUAUCGUCGACGGAUUGACCGCGCACUCGUGGCCAUCGUGGAAGAAGUCGACCGUCUUGACUGUCGUCGCCGUCUGUCAAACUAGCAUGAACUUCAACGCUGCCAUUUACUCGAAUGCGAUAGAUGGAAUCAACGAACACUUUGGCGUCUCGGACGCUCACAUGGGUAGGGACCCGUCGCUCAACACUGGCAUGUUCGCCUUCUUGGUCCCGUACGCCUUCGGCUGUGAGCUGUGGGCUCCGUGGAGUGAGGAGCUCGGCCGGCACUGGGUGAUGCAGAUCUCACUGCUCUGCGUCAACCUCUCCAUCGUCAUGUGUGCCACGGCUAACACCUUUCCUCAAAUGAUCGCCGGCCGCGUACUGGGUGGUCUCUCUUCCGCCGGUGGCUCCGUUACUCUCGGCAUGGUUGCAGACAUGUUCCAUCCCAAAGACCAACAGCCUCCUGUCGCCUGGGCAUCUCUGUGGUCCUGCCUGGGUGCCGUGGUCGGGGGCAUCUGCGGUGGUCCUCUUCAGCAAUACACCAACUGGCGCAUGAUUUUCUAUGUCCAACUGGCCUUUGGCACCUUCGCCCAGCUCCUCCAGCUCUCCGUCUCCAGGGAAACUCGCGCGACCUGCCUCUUGGAUCGUGAGGCCAUUCGUCGCAGGCAGGCUACGGGAGAGGAAAUCUACGGUCGCACCGAGAUUACGAGCUUCUGGGAGAGGCUCGAGCCGAAGCACAUGGUCAAGACUUUCGCCCGGCCUUUCACUAUGCUCUUCACGGAACCCAUCGUCCUCUGCCUGUCGCUCCUCUCUGGCUUCGCCGACGCGCUGGUCUUCAUGUUCUUCGAGAGCUACGGACUGGUCUUCGCGCAGUGGAGCUUUACGCCCACGGACAUCCGUCUCGUUUUGCUCUCUCUCGCGGGCGCCUACUGGAUCACGUACGCCGGGUACUUCCCCAUGUUUGCGCGACACAGGCGCCUCAGGAGCAAGGGAAACGAGCUCGCACCGGAGACUCGCCUCUCGCUUCUCUGCUUCGUCGUCUGGGCACUGCCUCUUGGUCUUCUCGGUAGCGCCUUUGCCGGAACCUCGUCGUGGGGCGGCAUGGUCUUCUGCACGUUCCUCAUCGGCAUGGCCAACUGGGCCAUCUACUUUGCGACCAUCGACUACAUGGUCGAGGCGUAUGGAUCCUACUCGGCGUCGGCGACGGGCGGCAACGGCUUCGCCCGCGACUUUCUCGCAGGCUUGUGUGUUCUCUAUACGAAACCCAUGUUCAAGGCCCUGGGCAUCCGCAACACAUUCCUCGUCCUCUUCGCCGCCUCCUUCUUCCUCUGCAUCCCCGUCGUCGUCUUCUACCGAUGGGGACACGUUGUGAGGCAGAAGAGCCGUUUUGCGCAGAAGAUCAAGGCGCAGCGUGCUCGCGAUGAGCGGGUCGCGGAGCUGAUUGUUGCCCGGCGCGCGAAGAAGGCGGCGACAGAGUCCUCGUCCACUGUCGCUACGGAGGCUUCAGAGAAGGAGGCCCGCUGGCCUUCCAUUACUGAGCCAGCACCGGCCACGGGCGCAACCGUUGUCGAGACGAUGGUUUAG